AUGGCACCACACGAGCCGAUAGUCAUCUCCGAUUCGGACUCGGAUACGCUCAGCGAGUCGGAAAGGCCUAUUCUUCAGCCAGCAGCCAAGGCGAAGGCAACGAACUUCCAGUCGCAACACAAGAAUGACGAGACCAACGGCGUCGGAGCUGCAUCGCUCCUUGCCAGCGGGGCGUCGUCGCAGACGGAGGCAGAGGUGGGGUCGAUCAGUAGCUCAUCUGCUGGACCACCAUCUGGUCUGCUAGGCCUUCUGCCGGAUCGAAGGCAGCUUGAACGCGAAAGGAUGGAGCGUGCUCGAAAGCGAAGGAGGGAUCAAAACCUGCCUAGCAGCUCAAGCGAGGAUGACGAGCCGAAGCGGGCGAAGAUGAGCGCCGCCUUCCAGGAAGAGACAGCAAGUCGACCAUCGUCGUCUCUGGUAGUACGUGCCGAGGCUUCGGGCACGCACUUCAAGUCAGCUCCUUCAAGCUCGAAGCAGGCACUUCCUGCCCAAGCAUCCAGCACGUCGUUCUCGAAAGCAACGGACCCUAUCGAACGAUCAAGCAGAUUCUGGUCAGGGACAGUGAAGUACGGCUACAAUAAGCAUGCAGGCAAAUCUCUCGCUGGUGUAUCGAUCUCGCAAAUGCUGCUUCCCGCGACCGCGUCGAGCAGGAACGGCCUUCAACUCGCCGUCCUCGCCACGUACGAUCUGCGCAUUGAUUGGCUUUACUCGCUCUUUCCGCGAGGAUUGCCGGUCACGCUCGUCGUGCCCCCACCCAAAGAGGACUACCGGACUGAUCCAGCAGUGGCUCGGCCUGGCCUACAUCCGAGUGAGAUUUUCGAUGGCUUCUCUCGCUGUCCCGGCUGGCAGAUCUGCGUCCCAAACAAGCCGAAGGGCGGGUGGUUGACGCAACAUAUGAAGUAUUUGUUCCUAGUGCAUCAGGACUUCCUUCGCGUCGCGAUUCUGUCAGGCAACCUGAACGAGAUCGAUUGGGACCGGAUCGAGAACACGGCGUAUAUUCAAGACUUUCACCUCCUCGCAGACGCGCCAAAGAUCGCAGGUCCAGGCAGCGCGAGAAACGAUUUCAAAGCGCAGCUUGUUCGCGUGCUGCGCUCCCUCAGCAUGCCCACUUCGCAUGCGAUCUACGCUGCGUUGGACCGAUUCGACUUUUCACAAGCAACGCGAGCGCGCAUCGUUGCGAGCUGGCCGGAGAGAUCGAGUUUAGCAGAAUGGGAUCGAAUCGAGACGCAGGGUCUCGGUCGACUUGGCAAGGUGGUUCGAGAUUUUGGAAUGAAGCCAUCACGGCAGGGAUCGAUCGAGCUGGAGUGUCAAGGCUCAAGUCUCGCCAAUCACGAUAUCAAAUGGAUCGAGCACUUCCACCUGCUCGCGUCCGGUGUCAAUCCUCGAGGCCUAUUACCUCUGAAGGGCAAAACCAACGAAACGCACUCGGAGUACUUCCGUGCCUCUGGUCGAAAGGUCGGCACCCUGCCGCCGAUCAAGAUCUGCUUUCCAAGCCACAGAUACGUCGAGGAGCGCACCGUGGAAGGUCCCUUGGGGGCACUGAGCUUCUUCGGUAAGGCAGAAACAUUCGCGAGCUCAUCGAUCAAGACUCUAUACCACAGCCCGCAGAGCCGGCGCGGCGACAUCAUGAUCCACGCCAAGUCGAUUCUCGCACUCACCGCCGAUGGCAUCGCCGUCGUCAACAAGGCCUUUGUGGACGCAUCCGACCCGUAUAUCUCUGGCAAGACGUCAGGCCCAACGUUGAAUCCGCAAGAAUGGUCGCCGAAACAAGACGAGCAACCCAUCGGGUGGACCUACCUCGGCAGCUCCAACUUCACUCGCGCUGCGCACGGCAACAUUAGCGGCACCGCCGCAAAGCCCACUAUGAGUAGUCUCAAUUGGGAGCUUGGCGUCGUGCUGCCGAUCUACGCUUCUGAGGUUGAAGCAUUCGGCGUUCAGGCGGAAAGUUUGAGACCCGUCGUGUAUCAUCGCCCGCUGCAAGGGUAUGCCCGGGAGGACACGCCUUGGGACAACGCUUCUGCACGAGCUCUGCUUUGA